AUGACAAAAGUAGUUCCGGAAGUAAUUAUGAAUCCUGCUGAUCUAUCAGACACAACUUCGCUUCCAUCAGUAACUGAAGUCCCACCACGAGAAUUACCAAAGCAUUUAGCUGACUUUAAACAAUACGUUGAUUCCAAAUGGUGUUAUUUUUCAACCCCUGUCAUGCAAGCCGAAAUGAUAGAUGUUCAAUCAAAGGUUGCCUAUCAAUGUCAUAUGAAAAUAUUGAUGGAAGGAAGACAUGUAUGGUGGAAAGAAAAACCUCAUCCUUGGGGAAAUGAGACACUUCUCGGAAGUACUACCUUAGGCCAAGGUAAGAUAAGAUGCUCAAGUUGCAAGGCUCAGGGAGGUUUUCUUCAUUUACCUACCUUGACUGUUAAAUGGCAUACACGAAAAUCAACAUGGUAUUGUCAAAAUUCAUAUUUACCAGAGAAAAGAAUUCGUAAAGGCAGACGAACAGUCUUUUGGUCAACAAAAAUAGUACCGUGGUCAGAAGGUUCAAUCAUGGCAAACACUGUUGAAUCAAUUAUUGAGAACACCCCAGGUAUUGAUUUGAAAAUGAGUGUUAUCAAACAUUAUAAUGAGAAACAUUUAAAUCCAACACGAUCAAAGAAUAUCGUCAUGCGACGAAUGGAAUGUUCGAUUGAACGAAUGGAUUUUGAAGAAAUUCAUUAUACAAUGGGAGAAAAUUAUCUCAAUAAAAAAGAUCCGACAAGAGAUUUGACCGGUAUUGCAUUGUACAAGUUUCAAGAAAGAGAAUCGCACUUUGCUGUCGGUAAAGAAGUAGAAUUUUUCAUUCAAUAA